AUGCUGGAGUUUCCAAUAUCAGUUCUGCUAGGAUGCCUAGUAGCCGUCAAGGCACAAACCACGUUUCCAAACUUCGAGAGCGAUGUGCUGAACGAGCAUAACAAGUUCAGAGCGCUACAUGUUGACACAGCGCCGCUCACCUGGUCCGACACUCUGGCCACCUAUGCGCAGAACUACGCCGACCAAUAUGAUUGUUCGGGUGUCUUAACGCAUUCCGAUGGCCCAUAUGGUGAGAACCUUGCCCUUGGUUACACAGACACGGGAGCGGUGGACGCCUGGUACGGGGAGAUAAGCAAGUAUAAUUAUUCAAAUCCCGGAUUUUCUGAAUCCACGGGUCACUUCACACAGGUGGUUUGGAAGUCAACCGCCGAGAUUGGAUGUGGUUAUAAAUAUUGUGGUACGACAUGGAACAAUUAUAUUGUGUGCUCCUACAACCCUCCUGGAAACUACCUGGGUGAGUUUGCAGAGGAAGUGGAACCACUUAUAAGCACUGUUUCCUCGUCCUCAUCCUCGUCCUCUUCUACCUCAACUACAUCAGACACAGUCUCCACCAUCUCAUCCAGUAUUAUGCCCGCUGUAGCGCAAGGGUAUACAACAACGGUAUCGUCUGCGGCUAGCAGCAGUUCUUUAAAAUCGACGACCAUAAACCCUGCCAAGACCGCUACCCUCACUGCGUCCUCUUCUACCGUAAUUACUAGUAGCACAGAAUCAGUUGGAUCCUCCACUGUCUCAUCAGCCUCAAGCUCUUCUGUCACUACUUCCUAUGCUACCUCCUCGAGUACCGUCGUCUCUAGUGAUGCUACUUCAUCCACUACCACCACCUCAUCGGUUGCUACAUCGUCCAGUACCACUUCUUCCGACCCUACCUCGAGCACUGCUGCUGCUUCUUCUUCUGAUCCUGCCUCAAGUUCCGCUGCCGCUUCCUCCAGCGCGAGUACCGAGAACGCCGCUUCUUCUAGCAGCGCCAUCUCGAGCUCUUCAUCAAUGGUUUCUGCUCCUUUGAGUAGUACUCUUACUACUUCCACCGCAAGCUCCAGAAGUGUAACUUCCAAUUCAGUUAAUUCUGUUAAGUUUGCAAACACAACUGUGUUUUCUGCUCAAACAACCUCUUCUGUAAGCGCCUCAUUAUCAUCAUCUGUAGCUGCUGACGAUAUUCAGGGUAGCACUUCCAAGGAGGCCACAAGCUCAGUUUCCGAACAUACUAGUAUAGUAACUAGUGCAACUAAUGCUGCCCAAUAUGCAACGAGACUUGGGUCAUCUUCCAGAAGUUCUUCCGGGGCCGUCUCUUCCUCAGCUGUGUCGCAAUCUGUUCUGAAUUCCGUUAUAGCCGUCAACACCGACGUAUCUGUAACCUCAGUUAGUAGCACAGCCCAUACCACAAAGGACACCGCCACCACUUCAGUAACCGCCUCAGAAAGUAUCACUUCGGAAACUGCUCAGGCUUCAAGUUCAACAGAGAAGAAUAUUAGUAACAGUGCCGCCACAUCGAGUAGCAUUUACUCCAACAGUGCUUCUGUGUCAGGACACGGUGUAACAUACGCUGCCGAAUACGCCAUUACAUCCGAGCAAUCCUCUGCGCUUGCCACAUCUGUGCCUGCUACAAAUUGCUCUAGUAUCGUGAAGACCACAACUUUAGAAAAUUCGAGUACCACAACCAUCACAGCCAUUACUAAGAGUACUACAACCUUGGCCACUACUGCUAACAACUCCACAAGGGCAGCUACCGCAGUAACCAUAGAUCCCACAUUGGACCCUACCGACAACUCAGCUAGUCCAACCGACAAUGCUAAACACACCUCUACAUAUGGAUCUUCUUCCACAGGCGCAUCUUUAGAUAGCUUACGCACAACCACCAGUAUUAGUGUCUCAAGCAACACCACACAGUUAGUCUCUACCUGCACUUCCGAGAGCGAUUAUUCCGAUAGUCCUAGCUUCGCCAUCUCCACUGCCACCACCACUGAAAGCAAUCUGAUCACAAACACCAUCACAGCUUCUUGUAGUACGGAUAGUAAUUUCCCUACCUCCGCUGCUUCUUCUACAGAUGAGACGGCCUUCACUAGAACAAUCUCGACAUCUUGUAGCACUUUGAACGGCGCCUCAACCCAAACCAGUGAGCUAACCACAUCGCCUAUGAAAACCAACACGGUGGUUCCAGCUUCUUCUUUCCCUUCAACUACAACCACUUGUCUAGAAAAUGAUGACACUGCCUUUUCUAGUAUCUACACUGAAGUCAACGCCGCAACUAUCAUUAACCCCGGAGAAACAUCUUCUCUCGCUAGCGAUUUCGCCACAUCUGAAAAGCCAAACGAGCCCACUUCUGUCAAAUCCACCUCAAACGAAGGCACCUCUUCCACAACAACAACCUACCAACAGACUGUUGCUACACUGUAUGCCAAGCCCUCCAGCACAAGCCUAGGUGCAAGAACAACUACUGGUAGCAACGGUCGUUCAACUACCAGCCAACAAGACGGGUCUGCCAUGCAUCAGCCAACUUCCUCGAUCUACACUCAACUAAAAGAAGGCACAUCAACCACCGCAAAACUUUCUGCAUACGAAGGUGCUGCAACACCUCUUUCCAUUUUCCAGUGCAAUAGUCUAGCUGGAACGAUUGCCGCUUUUGUCGUAGCUGUUCUGUUCGCCUUCUAG